AGCAGCGCUACCUAAAACAGUCCAGAGAGGCAUUCACAGCCUUUACCCGCCACUUUUCCUUUCCUCCCAGGCACUACGUGUCUAGAGGAGCAGGACCAUGGAACCACAGGGCUUAGAGACAAUUCUUUCCUCUCCCACGCGGCGGCUUUAGGCAGCUAGCGAAGUGCAGAUGAGGGCAGGCGAGAUGCAGAGCUGCCCAUCUCCCCUGCCGGGACCCGCUCGCGCCGGGGCAGGGAGCGGGGCCAGGAGCAGCCGGGGGGCGCAGGAAGCCAGGAGCGGGGCGCAGCGGACAGGCCAUGGGGCCCGAGGAGCCGGGCGCGAAGGCCGGGACCCAGCAGCAGAGGCGGGGCAGCGGGAAGAUGGGCUCCGAGUUGGACCCAGAACCAGGCCCCGGCCCCGAACCGACCCUCCCCCCGCACCCGCACGACACCUUUGCCCUGUUUCUCAGCCGGCGUUUCGCCCGGCUCGGGGGGCUGGUCGGCGCCCACCCGUGGCCCUUCCUGCUGCUCUCGCUGCUGCUCUCGGGCGGGCUUGGCGCGGGCUUCCGCUUCUUGCCGCAGAGACGCGCCAAUGACAUCGAGGGGCAGUUCACGCCGCUCGGGGGGCCCGCCAAGAGCGAGCGGCGCUUUGCCCGGGAGCAUUUCCCGACCCGCGACUCCGAGCGCUUCUCCGGCCAGAGGCUGCUCACGGAGGGCGCCUUCGCCUCCCUCAUCGCGGUCUCAGCCUCCGGCAACAACCUCCUGACGGCGGGAGCCUUCGGGGAGCUCCUGCGGCUGGACGGGGCGGUGCAGCGCCUCGCUGUUCCCGGGGGGGACCCAGGCACACAACUCUCCUACCCGGACCUGUGCGUCCGGAGCAACGGGUCCUGCAGCAGCCCCAACCCGCUCCUGGCGGCCGUGCAGGGCGAGCCGGCCCGGCUAGAGCCCCUCCUCCGGCAGCUCACGUACCCCGUGUUCGGGAGCCGCGUGUUCAUGGGCACCUUCUUAGGAGGCGUUCAGCUGGCUCGCGGAGCGGGCGCCUCCCGGGUGCAGGCAGCCAAAGCCCUGAGGCUGGUUUAUUACCUGCGAGAAGACGACGCCGCGGACCGAGAGAGGAGUUUGCAGUGGCUGGAAAACUUCCUCAAGCGCAUCCCGGCUGAGCUGGAGGCUUUAAAUCUCACCGCUGUCCAGGUGGCUUACUUUACCUCAGUAUCCAGACAGGAAGAGUUUGAAGGAAAUAAGGAAGUGAUCCCCUUGUUUUCCAUAACAUACUUUCUAACUAUAACCUUUUCCAUUACUUCUUGUUUAAGGGUUGACUGUGUACGAAAUAAAGUAUGGGUUGCAGCAUUUGGAGUGCUGUCUUCUGGGUUAGCUGUGCUAAGCAGCUUUGGACUGUUGCUGUUCUGUGGGGUACCAUUUGUCGUGACUGUGGCAAAUGCACCAUUUCUUAUACUGGGGGUAGGUGUUGACGACAUGUUCAUUAUGAUCUCCUCCUGGCAACAGACUAAUCCUAAAAAUAAAGUUGAAAAGCGGAUGGCUGAAACUUAUGCAGAGGCAGCAGUGUCUAUCACAAUCACCACUCUCACUGAUGUUUUAGCCUUCUACAUAGGGAUCAUGACUUCCUUUCAGUCUGUGAAGUCCUUUUGUCUCUACACAGGAACUGCUUUCAUCUUCUGCUAUUUAUACAACAUCACAUUCUUUGGAGCUGUUCUUGCUUUAAAUGGUAGAAGGGAAGAAGGCAACAGACACUGGUUAAUUUUCACAAAAGUGAAGGACAUUGUUCAGCCUCAUCGCUCCUGCUUGUACAACAUGUGCUGUGUAGGAAGCUUUUCUGAUAAAUCUUCUGGGAGAGAAGAUGAACAUCCAAUGAACAAAUUCUUUAGGAAAUAUUAUGGUCCUUUCCUUACAAAGAUCUGGACCAAAGUGUUUGUGGUGUUGCUGUAUGGAGGGUUCCUGGCUACUAGUAUUUAUGGGUGUACUCAGAUGAAGGAAGGUAUAGACCUGCGAAAUCUGGCUAGUGAUGAUUCUUAUGUCAUUCGGUACUAUGACUGGGAAGAUGAAUAUUUCUCAGAGUACGGUCCUAGGAUUAUGGUCACUAUCACAGAAAAUGUACCUUAUUGGAAUCUAUCCAUUCGUAAUGACAUUGAGAACUGUAUGGAGUCUUUAGAAAAUAACUCCUACGUGGACAAGAGUCUCUCAGAGUCAUGGCUACGAAUGUAUGAAAAUGUUGCUAGAAUUGGUUCACUGAAUAUAGAUACUAAGGCAUUUUUCAUGGGUAAUUUAUCUGAACUAUAUAAAUUAUUUCCAGAGUUUGAAUGGGACAUUGAUAUUCGCUAUAAGGAAAUAGCAGCUUCAUGUUUUUUCAUUCAAACAGUGAACGUUACUACUGCAGUUGAUGAGAAAAACCUUUUACACCAAUUAAGAGACCUGGCCAAGGGCUGUAAGAUCCCAUUAAUGGUAUAUCACCCAGCAUUUAUAUACUAUGAUCAGUAUAUCGUAAUAGUGCCAAACACCAUUCAGAAUGUUGGAAUUGCUUCUGGAGUCAUGUUGUGUAUUUCCUUGCUGCUUAUUCCCAAUCUGCUCUGCUCCUUGUGGGUAACUUUUGCUAUUGCUUCUGUUAUUGUUGGCGUUACUGGUUUCAUGACAUACUGGGAUGUUAAUCUUGAUUCCAUAUCUAUGAUUAACCUUGUCAUUUGCAUCGGAUUUUCAGUAGAUUUUUCUGCUCAUAUAUCUUAUGCAUUUGUUUCAAGUGAAAAGUCAACUAUGAAUGAGAAGGCAGUUGAUGCACUGUAUCUUCUUGGCUACCCAGUGAUACAAGGUGCUAUCUCCACUAUAUUAGGAGUAAUUGUGCUGUCUGCAGCACAAGCUUACAUCUUCAGAACAUUUUUUAAGAUUAUGUUUCUCGUUAUCUUAUUUGGAGCUGUUCAUGGUCUUGUUUUUAUUCCAGUAUUUUUAACAUUUUUUGGAAUUUGUGGCAGAUCAACAAACAAAAGAGUAAAUAUCAAAACAAUAGGAGAAGACAGCAACUCCUUUAGUAACACACAAAAUCCGAAUAAUGUUAGGUGUUAUGAAAACCAGAUUGAUAGUAAUGGAGACAGUUUUCUAGAAGACAAUAUUAUUAGACAACCAAAUGAUAUAGGAAUGGAAAAGCCAAACAGUGACUACCUCCACUCCAAUUUCUUUCCAGUUUCACAAAAUCAUGACAGCAAUUCCUUCCUCUAUCAGAAUAAUGCAGUAAGGGUUUACCAAAAACAAAUCAAACAGCUUCAUGAUGAAGGUAAAAUAAAUCCAGAUUGCCCAUAAAUGUAUUUACAAUUUAAAAUACAGCAUAUGAGCCAAAAAGUACAUGUUGUAGGUUUCAAAACAUUAAUCACCAGACUUAAAUUUAUAUUGUAUGAAAAUGUCAGUUUUCUACUGUUCAGGUUUAACACUUAAUGGGAGUAGCUCGAAGCCCACUAGGGAACGUUUAAUGCACCAUAGUGGGGUCCAUGUGGACAGUUACUGCACAGCAUGCAAGUGUGCAGUAGAUUUAUACCAGUUUGCCAUGCACAAACUGUUCAUCUAGAUAAGCACUUAGAUCAUUAGAGAAAAUGUGUGGGUCAGGUAAAAUGAUAUCACAAAAUUAAAAGAUUACCAAACAAAAACACUUCGUUAAAAUACAUUUAAAGUUUAAAAAGUGUUUCAAUAGAGUCCAGAUAAAACCCUUCCAAAACGACACUUUCCUUUACCAAAAUGCUACAGAAAAUAUUAAGAAGUUUGGAGAUCAUUAAUUAAGAGCGCCACCUAGUUCCAUACUGCUGUGUAAUAUUUUGUCACUUAUUAUAAUCCCACUUUACAUAAUCCAGUUACCAACCUUAAAUUUUCCACUCUGCUGUAUUCUCUGAAGGCUAUAUGUUCUUGGGUGUAUUC